AUGGGGAUAGGAAAGGGAAGCGAAUUGUUGGAUGACUUUGGAGACAACGCAGUAAUAAAAGGCAUGCGCCUUGACAGACUGGGCAGUGAGGGUAUUGUGAGAGUAGGGGUUGAUGCCACUCCUGGCUUGCAUGCAAAACUUUUCAUGGAGUAUUGCGGUAAGAGGAUUGAUGUACUAAAGCGGAAUGGACUUAUACCGACUAUGGUCUUUGAUGGAAAUGCUACACCAUUAAAGACCCAAAUAAAGGAGCUGAGAAAAGCGAUAAGUGAUGAAAACAAGAAGAAUAACAACAACAAUGCGAAUGAGAUACGGGAUCCUGGUAGUGAUAUCAGUGACAGUGAUAAUGAUGCUAAUGUCAACAGUGAUAGCGAGCCCGUACACAAUAAGUCACCCUACAAGUGGCCAAAACAUAGAUACAUUCCUGAAAGAUCCAAAGUAGUCGAGUGGUUGACUGACGAGAAGGAAGUAAAGUUCUUUGUGGCUCCUUAUGAAGCCGAUGCCCAAUUGACACACUUGGCAAGCAAGAAAAUAAUAGAUGCCGUCAUCACCAAUGAUUCAGACCUUAUAGCAUUUGGAUGUAAAAAAAUUAUCUUUAACAUGGAUGUUGAAGAAGAGACAUGUGAUUAUUACUCAUUUGAUCGUUUAAAAGAAGUGAACGAUGACUACAAAGAUUUUUCGCAAAAGAAGCUUCUAGAAAUGGCAAUAAUGAUAGGCUGCGAUUAUUUACCAAAUUUGGCGGGCAUAGGCAUUAGUAAAGCUUACAAGGAGAUAAUGGAGCAGGAAAAUUAUAAGAAUGUAAUUGCCUGGUCGAAGAGAGAGCUUGUGCUUAAAACUGGGGUCCGGAAUACACAAGAUACAACUUUUAGGCCGGCGAUCCUACAAAAUUUCCAAAUGGCAAUUUUGGCAUUCACAUAUCAACAAGUUUAUAAUCCCGAAUCUAGAACCUGUGAACGCUUAUCUCAUAUAAGAUAUAAUAAGCUACAAGAUGAAGUGGUGGGACGAAUAAUAGAGUUUUUAGGACCGCGUUUGAAGGACGAAUCUGUUCAUAAUAUUGCAAUAGGUAAUAGACCUUCGGAGUUGAUCGAGAAAUUUGAUGUAGAUCAAAGGCCCGAAGCAUAUCCGGGAGAGUCAGUUAAGCAUGGGCUGAAUACUUUGGAAAGAUUUUUUGGUAGUAAGAAAAGCCGAAAAGAAUAA